AUGUUGAUCCAGGAAUCAUUCCACGAUGUGCCCACCAAGGCCGACGGGACUGGUACUAUGCGCAUCUAUGUCUUUCACCCCACCAUUCCCGGGUACCCCAAAGCCCGGUUUCCCGGCGUCGUAGUCUUCAGCGAGAUCUACCAGGUUACCGGGCCGGUGGCACGGUUCGCGAGACAGAUCGCGGGGCAGGGAUACAUCUGCGCCGCGCCGUCCAGCUACCACGAAUUCACCGGUCCAGAGCCCCUGCAGUACAACGCGGAGGACACGGACAAGGGGAAUGAGUGGAAGAUCAGCAAGAAACUGGCCGCGUAUGACGAGGAUGCCUCGCUGUGUGUGGAUUACCUGCUGUCCCUGCCGACGUGCAACGGCCGCGUCGGUGCGACGGGGAUGUGUCUGGGUGGCCAUCUGGCGUACCGCUGUGCGCUGGAUAGCAGGAUCAAGGCGGCGGUGUGCUACUUUGCGACGGAUAUCCACAGCCACACUCUUGCCGCGGGGAAGAAUGAUGAUAGCUUGGCCAGGGCGGGGGAUAUCAAGGGUGAAUUGCUUAUGAUCUUCGGGAAGAACGAUAACCAUGUUCCCCCAGAGGGACGGGACUUGAUCCGCAAGACCCUGCAUGAAAAGGGUAUUUUGUUCAGCUUCUAUGAGGUGGCUUGGGCUCAACACGCGUUUAUCCGGGACGAGCUGAGCAAAGGACGGUAUGAUCCCGCCAUCACCAAGGUGUGCUUCGAGAUGCUGCUGGAGCUAUUUGGACGGACCUUGAAGCUGGACUUGGGGGAGCAUGACGGGAAGAAGCUAGAGAUCGAGGAUGUAUGCUAG